AUGCACAAAUAUCCCUUUACCAACACUGUCACCGCAUCACAUUCGCCACAGGCUCCGACAACCAUUGCCAGUGUCGGCAAUCUCUUGACACCACCAAACACAAAUCACGGCGAUUUGUUAAGCUCAUCUGGUGUAUCGACUACCAACGCGCAAUACUCUACAACAAUGGCCUACUCCAACGGACAGUACAUGUACUCUCCACCAACACAAGCUUCGACGGCACAUUAUGGCUACCCAACUGCGCAUCAUCAGCAGAACCAAUAUAGUCAAGCCCGAGGAGGUAUGUUCGCUCCACCUCGAAGUGAUGGCCAGAUUGGACGACAAGACUCACUUGGCAAAGGGCUGAAUCCGCCACCCUACGAAAUGAACCAACAACUGCCACCUUUUACGCCUUCGUCCAACGGGUCGAGUAUGCCUUCGAUAUCCACACAACAUCAACAUCAACAUCAACAUCAACAUCAACAUCAUCACCAACAACAGCAGCAACAGCAUCACCAUCAACAAAUGAUGAGUGCGCAGACACCUGUCUCCUCUUCAGCACCUCAGCAGUCGCCUGCCCUCAGCCAGGAUUCCUUCAGGCCACCUCAACCACCAACACCAACAUACAACUACCAUGCUUCAGGCACGCCACAACACUCAAACUUUCCCUACUCCACUGGACCCUCACCCACAUUGAGCCAGCAACAAAGUCCCAUUAGCGCUGGUGGCUCGAUGCCUAGGAUGUCACCAGCCGUUUCGCAAGGCUCAAUCCCAUCGAUACCAUCCAACAACCCAGCCCACUCACCAUAUCAAUAUCAGCAAAGACCCUCUCUUCAGUAUUCUGGUGGACAACCACCUGUUUUCUCAAAUGUCCAGAACACAAACGGAGGGCUUGCACUCGUUGGAGGACAUCCGAUGAUGCCUGGCUUCAACACGACACAUACUUGUCAAGGGCUGUGGCAAGGCCAACGCGAACGAUGA